CUAGAGCCUAGAAGAAGGAAAAGGUCGCUUUCCACCCGGUAAAACUUAUCGCCCUCCCCUCUCGUUGUUUCCGCCGCCAUGUUGGUCGGAAGACCCCAAAUUCUGCCGUCAAGGCUCAGCCCGUCUCCUAGACGGCGCCAUUGAGGGCCAUUUCUGCUCGAUUUAAUCCCUGAUCCCCAUCUUCUCUUCUCUCUCCAUCUGCAUUUCCGCUCCCUGCCUCGUUUUCUCUAAUCCAUCUCAUCUGGAUCUUUGUCUCCUUUCGUCUUUGUGAGAUUGCGAACGGUUGUCGAGGGCGGGGAACGACGCGGCUGGGCGGAAGAUGGUGAGGUUGCCCUAUGUGACCGCGCUCACAACGCUGUUCAGUUAUGGCCUCCUCUUCGCGUUCGGCCAGCUUAGGGAUUUUUUCAGGAGGAUCAUCGAUUGGUUCAAAUCCAGCUCCAAGGAUCUCAAGGGCUAUGCGCCGAUCUGCUUAGGUCUGGAAGACUUUUACACCCGCCGUCUCUAUCUCCGCAUUCAGGAUUGCUUUAGUCGACCAAUUGCAAGUGCACCAGAUGCAUGGUUUGAUGUGGUGGAACGCUACUCUAAGGAUAAUAACAAGACAUUGCACCGAACUGCAAAGACUAGCAAGUGCCUUAAUCUGGGAUCAUACAACUACCUUGGUUUUGCAGCUGCUGAUGAAUACUGCACACCCCGUGUUAUUAAAUCUUUAAAGAAAUAUUCUCCCAGUACCUGCAGUAUCCGUGUUGAUGGUGGCACAACUGACUUGCACAAUGAGCUGGAGUUACUAGUUGCAAGGUUUGUGGGAAAACCAGCAGCCAUAACUUUCGGCAUGGGCUACGUGACAAACUCUGCCAUUAUUCCAGUUCUGAUAGGGAAGGGAGGACUCAUCAUUAGUGAUUCUUUGAAUCAUAAUUCAAUUGUAAAUGGUGCUCGAGGAUCAGGUGCAGCAGUCCGUGUCUUCCAGCACAACAAUGCUGCACACUUGGAAGAGGUAUUGAGAGAACAGAUAGCUGAGGGGCAACCUCGAACUCACAGGCCCUGGAAGAAGAUUAUUGUAAUUGUUGAGGGCAUAUACAGCAUGGAAGGAGAACUUUGCCAGCUUCCUGAGAUUAUAGCUGUUUGCAAGAAAUAUAAGGUUUAUACCUACUUGGAUGAGGCCCACAGUAUUGGUGCUGUUGGAAAAUCUGGCAAAGGAGUCUGUGAGCUCCUAGGUGUGGAUCCGGCUGAUGUAGACCUCAUGAUGGGCACAUUUACAAAAUCAUUUGGAUCUUGUGGAGGAUAUAUUGCAGCAUCCAAGGAAAUUGUUCAAUAUCUAAAGCAUGCAUGUCCAGCACAUCUAUAUGCAACUUCCAUGUCCCCACCUGCUGUGCAGCAAGUUAUUUCAGCAAUUAAAGUUAUUCUUGGAGAAGACGGAUCCAGUAGAGGGGCCCAAAAACUAGCACAGAUUCGGGAAAAUAGCAAUUUCUUCCGCUCUGAACUUAAGAAGAUGGGGUUUGAAGUUCUUGGUGACAAUGACUCUCCUGUUAUGCCAAUAAUGCUUUACAACCCAGCAAAGAUUCCAGCCUUCUCUAGGGAAUGUCUCAGGCAUAAUGUAGCUGUUGUUACUGUUGCUUUUCCAGCCACACCGCUUCUUCUAGCAAGGGCUCGAAUUUGCAUUUCGGCUGCUCAAUCUAGGGAGGACUUGGUUAAAGGGCUUGAGGUUAUCAGCAAGGUUGGUGAUCUUGUGGGCAUCAAGUACUUCCCUGCAGAACCACCUAAGCACGGGAAUCAAGCUCAUAAGGUGGAAUAGGGAACAAUUAUUCUAGGAAAGAUCAACAUAAAUUAAGGCAAAUCCAGCCAAUUGCAAAGGCAACUGUUUGUUAUCUUUCAAUCAAGUUUUACCAGACUGAAGGUUGUUCCUUAUCAGAAACUUGAUUCAGUCAGAUGGUAUUACUUAUUUGUCAUAUUUUUGCUAUGUACAGCUCUAUUAAGUUACGCUAGUCAAAAUGUUUUCUUGAUUUUGAGUA